UUUUAAAUCAGUAAGAAUGGCCAGAAAAAAAGAAAGGCGAGGAAAGAAAAUUAUACCGCCCAGCUAUAGCAAAUCUAACGUUCACCCUCUGUUCCUCUGCCUCUCCGUAGUUUGUGUUCUCUUGAGGUCCCCAUACAGCAAGGAACAGGGAUACAAGGGAGAGAAACUGAAAUUGUGUUAGAGAUGAUAACGCGAUCGAAUCUGGCAGAGCAGUUGAGAGAGUAUCAGAUUCGAUCCAAGCAUGACUGGGCCUCUGUUUCCUUCUUCUCUUCCACUUCUAAUCUAACUUCAUCAAGGGUGGAUGUUGUGGUAUUUGUGAUAUGGGAACUCGUUAUUCUAGCUUUCCUUGUUUUUUCAGCAGUUUCUCUAUAUUUUAGGCAUAUGCGACUCGCUUUUAUCUUAGUAUGUGCUACAAUGCUAUUGCUCUUAUGCAUGAGAAUUACAAAGCAAGUGAGAUUGGCAAGGAAAAAGAAACGAAGGAUGCUUCUACCUUUAUCCAUGUAAUUCUAUGUGGGCAAUGGAACUUCUUCUGAAAGUGACACAACAUUGUUGUGUAAAUUGUGAGAAUUCUUGACCAUUGCACUGGGGCCAUUCUCUCUUGUUUGUUGGAGUGUGUAAUCACAAAUUCAACAAGUUGAUUAAGGAAAAAUAUGAUUUGAGGUGAUCACUUCGAAAAAUGCUUAUUGAAGUGGAGGAUUCUAAAUAUUCAAGGAUAGAAAGCUGACAUUUCUUCAUUCAAUGGGAGUAAUGGUUAUUGCACUGGGGUUUAGUAGGUGCAGGUGCUAAUGAUAUAGUUUCUAUCUCGCUACAUGCUUGUAGCAUGGACUUCUGCUUCAAUGUGCCAUGUCCAAAGUACAAUUUGAAGAGAAAAUGAUGAGAUUAUUUGUUUUUUUUUUUUUUUGGGGAUGAUGUAAUAUGUAAACUGCAUUCUAAGGUAAAGAAAAGGGUUAUUCACUCUGAUUUUGUGAAUGCUGUAGCAGCUUAUGCAUACCGGGUAAAUGGUUAUGCAGAACAUUUCUGUGGGAAAAAUAUGGCUGCGUGCCUGCCUGCCUACAUGGUACCUACAUGUAAUGUAUUAGGAAGAACAAAACAACUCUGAUAAUCCUGAUUUGGUUUUAUGAGAAAUGAAAAUCAUAUUUCUGCU